AUCGUUCAGCAGUAUGAAUAGGACCAUCGUACUCCUGAUCUCAGUGGUGGAGAACCAGACUGGAAAAUAUACACGUUAUGCUGAAUAGGUAUGUCCAGUGUAAUGGCGGGAUCGCGCUGAAAAUUUCAGCGCACGUCCGGCGUAACAUCACAUGUGCCAAAUUCAGUGCAUGGUGGCAGCUUACUUUUUUGGCGCAGGGCGGCAAUAGAAUUUAUAGGCGGCUGGUGCCUGGUGGUCACCAAAUUUUUCGGCACGCUAGCCAAUCUAGCAGCAGAUUCGCCCUGCGAACGGCUCUGAAAAGAGUUCAGGACAAGACGUCCCUCACCCCGACCGUCGAGUGCUCCGAAUCGCGAGCCGCCCCGAGUCUUCUCAGUGAAGGAGCGGCUGUCCAGGUGCCAAUAUGAUUAGCAAGAAAGACUUGGCAAAACUAAUUGAAGAUUUGAAGAAGGACAAGGUUCUUCGAACACAGACGUUUCUGACGACCAACAAGCUGUCGGCGGACUCUGUGGUGGAAAAAGACGGCGGGACGCUCCUGCAUCUGGUGUGCAAGAUGGCGGCCGAGAAUGUGUUCUGGGCCGUUCGGAGGGGCGCCCGACCCAGCUGUUACCUUGCCAAAGACAAGCACGGCAGAACACCCUGCCACUACGCUGCCAUCAACCUGAUCAAAACUUCAAAAAUGUCUGUGUUUCAGAACAUCAUCCAGCCGAUGAUCGAGGACUGUGUCGACUGUCUGCACGCGCCCGACAAGGACGGUCGUACGCCGCUGCACGUUCUCUCCGCUCACAGCGUGUGUGCCGACAUGGUGCGCGCCCAGCUGGGCACGGUGCCACCCACCGGCCGGCCGCCGCCCGACGCCUGGCACGAGAAAAUCUGGGAAGAAAUGCAAUACGAAAACAGCAGAUUUGAUAAAUAUGACAAAGAUUUCUCCGAGUACCUGUCUGAUGACGCCGAGGACAUUGACUCGUGGUCGGAGCGGAUCCGCGGCGAGCACGGCGCGCGCGGCCGCUCCAGUCCAGCGCCGCCGUCACCGGCCGAGAAGCGCCGCCAGCGCCGCGAGCGCGAGGAGCAGGCGCGUGAGCGGCGCCGCGCCGAGGAGGCCGAGCGGCGCCGGCAGCACGAGCAGGAGCAGGAGCGCGCGCGACGCUUCCGUGAGGCCGAGGAGCAGCGCCAGAAAGACGAGGAGGCGCGCCGCCGGGCGCGGGACGAGGCUCGCCAGCGGCUCGGCCAGACGCCCAAGGGCGCCUCCGCCAAGCUGUCCAAGGUGGUGCGCCGCUACCGGUCGCUGCACCACCUGGUGCACUCGGAGGACGGCCCGCUGGUGACGGCCGACUUCCGCGUGCUCGGCAACAUCACCCUGCAGGAGACGCGCCGGCUGGUGGAGGCCGGCGCCGAGAACGGCACCGAACGGCGUCGGGCCGUGCGAGACAUGCUGCGGCUCUGGCACCCGGACAAAUGUAUGGCCAAAAUCGUGCGCCGCAUGACGGGAGAUCCGGAGCAGGUGAAGUCGCUCGUGGUGUCCUUUGUCCAACUGUUGAACCAGCUGCUAUGAGCGCGCCCUAGGACAAUGGUGGGGGCUUCCCGCGACAGGCUGUGUAAGGCACACGGUGCUACAGGGCGGUCGGCCGGCGUGGUACACCGUUCGCAGGGCCGGGGGCCGGUGUGUGGGCGUGUGUGCUGGGUGGGCGCGGCGCCGAGUAUACUGUGUCAGUGCGGCAAUACGUUUAGGGACCUGAUGAAAUGCGACGAGUGACGCGCCAACGCUACAGCUAUCGUGAUGGUUGCUGAGCAGACUACUUUUUGUGAGACAUUAUAGUGUGUAUUGUCUGCCGAAUUGCGUGUAAUUACGCUAGAAGUCUCAGCGUUUUAAUGACAGAAUAUAGCCCAGUUAUGUAUGUGCAUUUUGUGACUUUUGUGUGCAUUUGUAUCACUGUUCCAUCUUCGCUAAUAUUAAAUAUAAUAUUUAGGUGUCUAAA